GAAUCAUGUUUAACCGUUUGUAAUGAAAUGCAACAAAACCCAUUCGACUCCAGAGAGAGAGAGAGAGAGAGAGAAGAAAAACCCAAUAGAAAUCAGAGAUGGAGGAAGAAACCCUAAAUCCUGAACCAGAGACCGUGACUUCGCAAGAGAACAACAAUGGAGACCAACCCAUGCUGGAUGCCGCUGACCAAAAUCCUAACUCCUCCAGCUCCGAUUCCGAUUCCGACUCUGGCUCCGAUGACGAAGACCAAUCCCAGCAAAACCUGGAGAUUCAAACCCUCGAAACCGAGCUCGCAACCAACCCCUCCAACUACGAUGCCCAUGUCCAAUACAUUAAGAUUCUGAGGAAAAUGGCUGACAUUGAAAAGCUGAGGCGAGCGAGGGAAGCUAUGAGUAAGCUGUUGCCGUUAACCCCCUCCAUGUGGCAGGAUUGGGCUAAGGACGAACUUGCUAUGGGCUCCGGACCCGAGACGUUUUCUACAGUUGAAAAGCUUUAUGAGCAAGGAGUCUCUGAUUAUCUGUCCAUCUCUCUUUGGCGAGACUACUUAAAUUUUGUUCGAGAAAAUGAUCCUUCAGUAAAAGAAUCUUCACCUGCUGGUAUUUCCAAGGCAAGAGAUUUAUUUGAGCGUGCUCUUACUGCAGCUGGUUUGCAUGUAUCUGAAGGCAAUAAGAUAUGGGAAGCUUACAGGGAGUUUGAGCAAGCUAUAUAUGAUACUAUCGAUGGGACUGACACUCAGCAGGCAAGAGAGAAGCAAAUUCAGCGCAUUCGUGUUAUAUUCCAACGUCAGCUAUCAGUUCCCCAUGUUAAUAUGAGAUCAACACUUUUGGCUUACAAGGCAUGGGAGAUGGAACAAGGAACCAUUGUUGACACUGGCUUCAGUGAUCAGGAUGGUAUUUCAUCUCAUGUUGCCGCAGCAUACCAAAAGGCAUUGGAAAUUUAUAAUGCCCGUGUUCAUUUUGAAGAACAAAUCAGUCAGCAUGAUAUGCCUGAGAUAGAAAGACUUGAAAAGUUCAUGAACUACUUGAAAUUUGAGCAAUCUUCUGGAGAUCCUGCCCGUGUUCAAGUGUUGUAUGAACGGGCUAUUGCUGAGUUUCCUAUAGCCAGUCAGCUCUGGCUUGAUUAUACUUCCUAUUUGGACAAAACUUUGAAGGUUGGCGGAAUUAUAAGCAACGUUUAUUCUAGGGCCGUAAAGAAUUGCCCCUGGGUUGGAGAACUUUGGGUCAGAUAUUUGCUUUCCUUGGAGCGUGGCCAUGCUUCUGAGAAAGAGAUUGCAGCUGUGUUUUGCAAGUCCCAGCAAUGUACCUUUUCAACCCUUGAUGAGUACGUGGAGUUGUUUCUCACCCGCAUAGAUGGCUUAAGACGAAGACUAUCAUGCCCCGUUGAAGGAGAGCACGCCUUGGAUUAUUCAUUGUUGAGGGAUACAUUUCAGUCUGCAUCGGAUUACCUAUCACCACAGAUGAAGAACACAGAUGUCCUGUUACGUUUGUAUGCUUAUUGGGCCCGCCUAGAGCUACAUCUGGGAAAAGAUUUAGUUGCUGCUCGGGGGGUUUGGGAAAGUUUACUGAAGAUCAGUGGUACGAUGAUGGAAGCCUGGCUAGGUUAUAUAGCAAUGGAAAUUGAAUCGGGCCAUGUGAAUGAAGCUCGGUCCAUAUAUAGGAGAUGCUACAGUAAAAAAUUCCCCGGCACUGGUUCAGAGGACAUUUGCUACUUGUGGUUGCGCUUUGAGAGGGAGUUUGGGUCGUUGGAUGAUUUCGACUAUGCAGAACGUAAGGUUGCUCCCCGUCUGCAAGAGCUUCAACUAUUAAGGUCCAAGCAAGAAUCCAAAUUGACUGAAGAGAGGGAGAAUUCUCUCAAAAAGAAUGUGCGUGAGAAGAGAAAGCAAGCUUCAGAUGUAAGUGAUGAACAACCUCCAGCAAAGAGGCAAAAGGAUGCAACUCAAAAGCAAAAGAAAGUGCAUGGGAAGGAUUAUGAGGUGCAGAACAAAGCUGAACAAAAUGAAGGGAAAGAGAUGAAAGCCAAGGGGGCCAAAGAUGUACAAAAUGAGAUGAAAGAGCCUGUUCUAGAGAAAACAAAAGUAUACGCUGACCAAUGCACUGCUUUUGUAUCAAACCUUAGCUUAAAGGCAAAUAAUGAACAUCUUUAUCAGUUCUUCAGUGAUGUUGGAGGAGUUGUUGCUAUUCGAAUACUGAAGGACAAGUUCACUGGAAAUUCAAGGGGACUAGCAUAUGUGGACUUCUCAGAUGAUGCACACCUUGCUGCAGCCAUAGCAAAAAAUAAACAGACACUCCUAGACAGGAAGCUGAGCAUUGCACGAUCAAAUCCAAAGCGUGGCAAGAAAGAACAUGAUAUGGGAACAGAAAAGCCCUCAUCUCUUAUAUCAUUUUCCUGGUAAAGGGAUACUCAGGUCUGCAUAGUGGUACUCAAACAAAGAAAAAGGUCUCCAUUGCGAUAGCAGUAUAGUUAGCAAUUAUCAAAGCUAAUAUGCACCUUUGCAAUGGGUUAGGAAUUUAUUCGAUUUAUUUUGCUUUUUUUUUAUUGGUUAUUUAUUUGUUUAUUGAGCUCAUUUGUGUAUGUUUGUUCUGGCUAGAACCUUGUUAGUAAAGGAGUGGUAGUGCUUGCUGGUUUGAAAGAAGCUUUCAGUUUCUUUUAUUUUUUGUGGAUAAGCAAUAGAAUUUUAUUAUUAUUAUUAUUAUUAUUUUUUUAUUUUAAUUUUACCAUAAGCAAUAAAUACCAGUAAGACACACCUAGUCAUUACAUAAUGCCCAGCAGGGGAACAAAGUUAAAAAAUGUAAACCCCAGUGCUUCGAGUUCUGCAAGCCACAUUUUCAUCAGUAUUUAGCAUUGAAGUUUGGAAAAGGGGACUUUCAGCAUCUUCACAAGUGGCUUUCCAAAUUUUUUGUCAAUUUCAUUUUGUUAAACAUUACCUGAAUAGAGUUUGAGAAAUGCAAGUGAGUAGGCACGACUCAACAUAUUGCCUGUUGAUUAGGAUUUCAUGUUAUAUUUGAAGACUAGCCUGUUUCUGACUCGACAUGCAUUUCUUGUAAGCUUGAAGGACUUGUUACCCCGAUUUUCAGUGAAUUAUGUAUUUGAUUGUUCACAUGUAGCCAUAUAUGUAGGUAUAUACGUACCUAACCAUCAGUCUGAUUUCAAAUCUUUUGCUGAGAUGAGAAAUGUAUUUGAAUUUCUUUUCUGCCUUGUGGUCAUGAUGUAUUUUCCAGUUUCAUGCAUUUCUUAUUAUGUUAACUAUUUAUUCUCACAUAUGAAUACAAACUGACAGGGCACACUGAUCAAACUGGCACAGCCAGUGGAUCUGGUGAGACCCCCAAUGAACCUAGAGCAAGCCAAGGAAGUGACAGCGCGAUUAA